GACCUUCGACUGGCCAAAGCCCAACGUUCGCUCAUUACCAUCGCCAUUGAGAAUUGCCAACCAACUUGUACGCUCACUUGAACACAUGUUCCGCCCGCAUAUCGACUUUGCCACCGAAAUUGUUGGGAUUAUUCUUGCGCCCGAAUUGCGCUAGCCAUCUCAAUAACUUAUGGACUUGUCCCCUCGCCCAUCGAAAAUAUCACGCAUUGAUUUACGCUACAGACAUCUCGCCGAGGACGUGUCUCUCAAGGAGGAUUUUGCACAGGAACAGGAGCCGGAAAUUGUACAGGAAGAGGAGGAGCCGUUGUUAGACGACGUCGACGAACCGCUGUUGAUACGGGAGCAGAAGGGCCGAGCAGUCAUGGGACGGGCACAUCGCAUGUUCCAUCGCCGUCAGGCCCAAAAUGCACCUACAAAUGUAUUGACCAUCAUUGUGGAUGUGAUUGCCACAAUUGAUGCUAAUGGAAAUGUGAUCGGACAGGAGACAAUAACGGCUACCCCAGCACCUUCGGUGCUAGCGGUCCCUUCGGUCCCUUCUGUUCCAUCAGUCCCAUCACUACCUCCGUUUCCAAGCGACCUGACUGUACCAGCAGUACCAGCAGCACCCACUGUCUCUCUACCAUCGGUCCCUGCAUAUCCAUUCCCCUCUGGAGUACCAUCUGUUCAGAAUGCCGGACCAAGCUCGCAAGCCGUCAUAUCGUCACUUGUGCCGACAUCUGUGCUUAACUCUGGUAUGCCUACAGUAGCGUCGUCGUAUGGCCUUAAUUCCACAACAUCCAGCACCGUUUCGUCUUCAACCUUCCUAUCUACUUCGACCCUAAAUAGCACGUCAUCAUCCUCGUCAUCAUCCUCGUCAUCUUCAUCACAAUCUUCAUCAUCAACCAGAUCAUCAACCUCGCUUAUCCCCACCUCAUCAGCCGCCGCAUCCUCUGGAGCUCCGGAUGGAGGCGGGGGAGGAGGCCGCCCAGCAAACACAGCUGUACCUCCAGCUGCCACAACAGUCUCCGCUGCCAAUAGACAGGGCCCGAAUAGUGGCUCCCUGGACACACCCAAGGUAGUCGGUAGCGUCGUCGGUAGUCUUGCUGGCGCUGCUAUACUUCUAGUUUUACUGCUGCUCCUCAUCAAACGCCACAAACGCCAGCAACGCCGGGGAGCCCUUCAAUUGCCUGGAAAUGACACCGCCGAUAGCCAGCCUAUCGCGUCGUCAGGACAGCAGAUGGCAACGACAUCGACUGCUGGCCGCAGCAGCAUCGUGGGAGGAGGCGCUGCGGCCUUCUUCAAUCGGUUCUCAGGCGCAUCUAGGUCAACGGCAGACACUAGCACGACAGGUGAGAAGGGCUUCCAGCGAAUAUCCGGUCGUAAGCUCCCCUCAGCAUUCAGCGAGGGCAUGACCUCAGAACAGUUUGCUCGUGGAGAGGGUGCACUCUCUGGAUCAUCAUUCUACCGCGACGAGCAGGGCUUCUAUGGUGGUCCAGGCGUGGUGGCUGGUGCUGCCAGCAAAGAUUUUGGCAAAGAGGCUGGCGACCCUUCCAGCUCAGGCGCAAUGGGUACAAAAGAGCGAAUAAUGCCGAGCCCGGCCCGAACACCCAUCAUCCACCACCCCGAGGACGCGCCAGCUUUUGGUGCUAGCCGAAAUGGAGGGGGUACCCCUUUCAGCCCUCCUCACAGCCCAAACCCGGACACAAUUCCAAGAGGCACCCUGGGAAGGAGCCAUCCCUCCCUCGAUGGAUCGAGAGGAUCUCGGUUCACGGAAGAUGUAUGAUGAUCUGAUAUUCCUGUCCGGUUGUAUCUAUAGCCUGUCCUUUCGGCGUCAUUUCUUUUGACGAGAUCCGCCGACGCGAGCGAAGACAUGCACGUGCACAAGCUUCCGCGUUUCUUUUUCUUUCCUUUUCAAGGCCUAUCUGGCGGGCUCCCUUGUAUACCCGGGAGUUAAAAUUGGCGGCCGGAAAACGCCUGGAUCUCUUGCACAAAG